AUGUCCUCAGGGGGAGGAGGGGUGGGAGAUAGGAAGAGGGUGAAGAGCGGAAAGGGAGCAGCUAGGCUGAGAAUUAGGUCCUGGAACAUUGGCACCCUGACGGGGAAGUCUAUAGAGUUGGCGAAGAUUCUUGAGAAGAGGAAGAUCAACAUAGCAUGUGUACAGGAGUCUAGAUGGGUGGGAGAUAGGGCCCGGGAUGUAGAUGGGUUUAAGUUGUGGUUCUCAGGAGGCCCAAAGGGCAAGAACGGAGUUGGUAUUCUAGUUGAUAGAGAGCUUCGUGAUCUGGUGGUAGGGGUAAGGAGGGCACCGCAGGCAGGCCAGGAUGAGGAGAUCAAAAGGCGAUUCUGGGAGGAUUUGGAUGAGGUUGUGCGGGGUUUUCCGCACUCAGAGAAGCUUUUUCUUGGUGGUGAUUUCAAUGGCCACAUCGGGUCGUCGGCUAGGGGAUACGAUGAUGUGCAUGGAGGCUUCGGGUUUGGGGAUAGAAAUGAGGGAGGUACGGCACUGUUGGAUUUCGCGAGAGCUUUCGAUUUGGUGACAGCGAACUCUAGUUUGCAGAAGAGGGAAGAGCACUUGGUCACCUUUUAG